AUGCCGGUAGCAGAAAUGCUAGUAGAUUCAGCGGCGGGUUUCGAUUACUUGAGUAUGCUAGAUGGAUACUCUGGUUAUAAUCAAAUCUUUAUUGCAGAAGAAGAUAUCGCCAAGACCGCAUUUCGAUGCCCGGGGGCGUUACGAUGUUAUGAAUGGAUAGUGAUGCCAUUUGGUCUGAAAAAUGUUGGUGCUACGUACCAGAGGGCGAUGAAUUUGAUGUUCCAUGACUUCAUAAAGAAUUUUAUGCAGGUUUAUAUAGAUGACAUUGUAGUGAAGUCUUCUUCGGAAGAAAGACACUUGGAACAUUUACGCCAAUCAUUCGAAAGGAUGAGGCAAUAUGGAUUGAAAAUGAAUCCAUUAAAAUGUGCAUUUGGGGUUUGUGCAGGUGAUUUCUUAGGUUUCGUUGUACACAAAAAAGGAAUCGAGAUCAACCAGAACAAAACCAAAGCAAUAAUUGAGACCAAGGCUCCUUCUACAAAGAAAGAAUUACAGUCUCUAUUAGGGAAAAUCAACUUUCUCCGAAGAUUUAUAUCAAAUCUAAGUGGCAAGACACAGGCUUUCUCACCACUGCUUCGUUUGAAGAAAGAUUAUAUUUUCAAAUGGGAACCUGAGCACCAAAAAGCUUUCGAUGAAAUCAAGUCUUAUUUGGUAAAUCCUCCGGUCCUUUCUCCUUUGUUGAAGGGUAGAAGGAUGAAGUUAUAUAUAGCAACGUCAGAUGGCACUAUCGGAAGUAUGUUAGCACAAGAGGAUGAAUAUGGCACAGAAAGGGCCAUUUAUUAUUUAAGUCGAGUACUUAACGAUGUUGAAACAAGAUACCAUCCUAGUGAAAAACUUUGUUUGUGUUUAUUCUUCUCAUGUACAAAACUCAAGCAUUAUAUAAAGCCUUUUGACGUUUAUGUGUAUUCCCAUUUUGAUAUCAUUAAACAUAUGUUGUCAAAGCCAAUUUUACAUAGCCGAGUCGGGAAAUGGGCCUUGGCAUUGACAGAAUAUUCACUAACAUAUCAAUCAUUAAAAGCUGUCAGAGGCCAGAUUGUGGCUGAUUUCAUUGUAGACCGUUCAAUAAGUGAGGUUUUGACAACCGAAAUAGACAACCAUCCAUGGAAUUUAUAUUUCGAUGGUUCUAGUCAUAAAAAUGGUACUGGCAUAGCGAUAGUCCUAAUAUCGCCCAAACACCAUAAAUUCGAACACAUGUUUCGAAUCAAUCAGUUUUGCUCUAACAACGAGGCCGAGUACGAGGCUUUAAUUACAGGUCUAGAGAUUGCACUCGAACUAGGGGCAAGAUGCAUCGAAAUCAGAGGAGACUCUGAACUUGUCCUCAAACAGAUGACUAGAGAAUAUAGGUGCGUUAAAGAAAGUUUGGUCACCUAUCAUGCAAUUGCUAGCAGACUGCUAAAACAGUUCCGCCAUGUGGGCAUUCGGCACGUACCUCGCAUAGAGAACCAAAACGCAAAUGACUUAGCACAGAGGGCCUCUGGGUACAAAUUCUCCAAGGAACGGACGCAAGAGCCAAUAGAGAUAAGAAACAGGCGAAACUCGAUAGAAUGUUUUCCUGGAAAAUCAUUAACGCCAAAACUUGGGGGGACCAGAGCAAGUCAAGAUUCCAUAAAAGGUACGGACUCUGUCGAAAUUUUUGUCAUUAACGAUUUAAAUGAAAACGAUUGGCGUAAGCCCAUAGUAGAUUAUCUGGAAAAUCCAAAUGGAGCCACCCCUCGAAAAGUGAAAUACAGAGCCUUGAGCUAUGUGAUAAUGGGUAGUGAGCUAUUCAAAAAGACUUCAGAAGGAGUUUUGUUGAAAUGCCUGGGAGAAAUAGACGCAUAUUUGGCUGUUUCCAAUACUCAUGAUGGAACAUGCGGGACACACCAAGCAGGCCACAAAAUGAAAUGGCUCUUAUUUCGACAAGGUUUGUAUUGGCCAACUAUGCUCAAAGACUGCAUAGAAUUCGCAAAAGGAUGCCAAGGAUGCCAAAAAUACGCUGGAAUUCAACGCGUCCCAGCAAGUGAACUCCAUGCAAUAAUCAAACCGUGGCCAUUUAGAGGAUGGGCCUUAGAUGUAAUAGGGGAGAUUAAACCUACUUCAUCGAAAGGAUACAGAUACAUCUUAGUAGGGAUAGAUUAUUUUACGAAAUGGAUAGAAGCGAUUCCCUUAAAAGAUGUUACUUAA